UUUAUUUUGGGCUCACACACACUUUGUCUUCUUCUUUAUUUAUUUUUAUAUAUAUAUAUAUAUUGGUUCUUUUUUCUACAUCUUAUUAUCAAACAUAAUAUUCUUUCAAUUAUUGUAGAUUCAUUCUUCUUCAUUGCUUGGGAGUAUUCCAAAGUUUUUGAAUAUAGUAAAAGAACAAAAAGAUGGGAGAGAUUACCAAUGUGAUGGAGUAUGAAGCAAUUGCAAAGCAAAAGUUGCCAAAGAUGGUGUAUGACUACUAUGCAUCUGGAGCUGAGGACCAAUGGACUUUGGCUGAGAACAGAAAUGCCUUUUCAAGAAUUCUGUUUAGGCCUCGUAUUCUUAUUGAUGUAAGCAAUAUUGACAUAAGCACAACCGUGCUCGGUUACAAGAUCUCAAUGCCUAUCAUGGUUGCACCAACAGCUAUGCAGAAAAUGGCUCAUCCUGAUGGUGAGUAUGCUACAGCGAGAGCAGCCGCAGCAGCAGACACGAUUAUGACACUGUCAUCUUGGGGGACUUCUAGUGUCGAGGAGGUUGCUUCAACAGGACCUGGUGUCCGUUUUUUCCAGCUCUAUGUCUAUAAGGACAGAAACAUUGUUAUUCAGUUAGUGCGAAGAGCUGAAAGGGCCGGUUUCAAGGCUAUAGCUCUUACGGUUGAUACACCAAGAUUGGGACGUAGAGAAGCUGAUAUUAAGAACAGAUUUAAUUUGCCACCGAAUUUGUCACUGAAGAACUUUGAAGGACUGGACAUUGGAAAGUUGAACAAAGCUGAGGACUCCGGAUUGGCUUCAUAUGUCGCUGGUCAAGUUGAUCGCUCAUUGAGCUGGAAGGAUGUUCAGUGGCUAAAGACAAUUACUUCACUACCAAUCUUGGUAAAGGGUGUACUUACAGCUGAGGAUGCUAGGAUUGCAGUUCAGGCUGGAGCAGCUGGUAUCAUUGUAUCGAACCACGGUGCUCGCCAACUUGACUAUGUCCCUGCAACAAUUAUGGCUCUUGAAGAGGUUGUGAAAGCUGCACAAGGCCGUAUCCCCGUGUUCCUGGAUGGAGGUGUUCGUCGUGGAACUGAUGUCUUUAAGGCUCUGGCACUUGGUGCCGCAGGCGUGUUUAUUGGGCGGCCAGUCAUUUGGUCAUUGGCUGCUGAUGGAGAAAACGGUAUCAAGAAAGUACUGCAGAUGAUGCGCGAUGAGUUUGAGCUAACAAUGGCAUUGAGUGGCUGUCGUUCGCUGAAGGAGAUCACACGUAACCAUGUUGUGACCGAUUGGGAGACUCCGCGGGCUGCUCUUCCUCAGCCAAGGCUAUAAACAUAAAGCCUUAAGAUGUCAAAUUGCUUCACAAAGGCAACAUAUUUGAAUAACUUAUGUAUCCUUCAUUGGAACAUUCAUUUAUGUGUGAUGAGUUUGCAUGCAUAUGUUUUUUUCUUAAGCCGAGGGUGUAACGGAAACAACCUCUCUGCCUCGCUAAGGUACGUAGGGGUCAGGUCUGUGUACACCCUGUCCUCUCCGGACCCCACUUGUAGGGCAAUCCUGGAUAUGUUAUUAUUGUUGUUGUUGUUGAGUUUGCAUAUGUUCUUUGAUCAUUGCUUUUAAUAAGAAAUCUAUCUUUUUUUGUGGUA